AUGUCAGGGCUAUUUCUGUAUUUAAUCUCCUUAUUUCUUUCCAACAAUCCCGACUGCCCUGGUUCUGAAUUCUUCUCUCCCUUGAGACUCAAAUGGCCUCUUCCAAAAUCAGAAAUUACAGACUCCACCACAAAUCUAAACCACCUUAUGUUUGGACUUGUUGGUUCUGUCGAUGCGUGGAAACACAGAAAAGCCUACAUAGAAUCAUGGUGGCGGCCCAACGCCACAAGGGGAUACCUGUAUUUAGACACAGCUCCCACAGAGGACCUUCUCCCAUGGCCGCCUUCUUCACCCCCUUUUCGGGUCUCGGAUGAUAACACAGAAUUACUAGAAAAGACCAAACAUGUAGCUCCAAUUAUGGUUCGGAUGGUGCAUGCCAUUUUGGAGGUUCUCAGAGAAGAGCAUGAAGGUAUGAGAUGGUUGGUAAUGGGGGAUGAUGACUCAAUUUUCUUUGUUGAUAACAUGGUGGAUGUUCUAGCCAAGUAUGAUCAUACUAAGUACAUAUAUAUUGGUGGACAUUCGGAGACUAUAAUGUCGAAUGUGUAUUUCGGGUUCAAUACGGGUUUUGGAGGAGCUGGAUUUGCCCUGAGUCACCCUUUAGCAGUAGCCUUGGCCAAAAACGUAGAAGAUUGCUUCAUGAGGUAUCCAUACUUGAGGUCUGCAGAUCAAAUUACCAUGACAUGUAUAGCAGAUAUUGGAGUUACUCUCACUGCAAACAAGGGUAUUCAUCAGGUAAUUAAUUCUAUAUUUGUACCUCCGAGAUUAUGUCCAAAGCUAAAAUAA